AUGUAUCUGCAAUUUCAAGUUAUGACUGAAGAAAGUAUCAUUCAAGCUUCGGGAUGCGUCAGCGCUUUGACUCUUGCUGUUAUUCACAACUUCAAGUGUCGUAAUCUGGAUUAUUCAAAUGUCAGUAAGCCAUUUAUCAGUUAUUGGCAGGAUGAGAAGGAUUUGACUGAUGUUGUGAAGCAGUUUGAGAUCAACAUGGAUUUUAUUCUGCCGGUGAAGCGUGAAAAACAGAAGGUUGAGUUUAAAACUCCCAGUGUUAGUGUUGCUAGUAGGAAGUCUGGUUCUCCUAUAAUUAAGGUGGUUGAGGGUCCAUCACCUUCAACUAGGCAGCUUAUCAUGGAUCUUCCUCAUAGUUUGAUGACUGAUGAAGAAAUAGAUGCUCUUGAUGUUCCUGAAUAUGUGAAGAACAUGCACAAGUUGAAGAGGAAUGCGCUUGCAUUCUGUCAAGUGAAUUUGGAGAUUGCCCAGAAUAUUCGGGAGGAAGGCGAGAAGCUGUCUCAAGACAGUAUUUCUCUGGAUGAUAGUGAAGUAUUUAACCCAGAUUUUCUGAGUCAAAUUGACGACAUAUGCAAGCGUCAUUUGGAAGCGAAAGACAGUGCAAACAAAGUUGAUCCUACAAUUUCACUAUUGGUGAAGCGGCCUGUUGAAUUGGAGUUUGGAAGAAUUGAAAAUGUUCCUGAUUUGGAUUCUGGUGUUCAUGGAGUUGAUUUGAAAGAAGGAAAUGAUGAAAAAGAAGGAGAGGAGGAUGAGAAGAAGAUGAAUGCUGAUGAUGAUCAGCAUAAAGAAGAUGAUGAUGAUGAUGAUGAUGAUGAUGGUGAUGAUAAGGAUCACCAGAAUUAUAAUGAGACAAAGGAUGAUGAUGCUGAUGAUAAUGGUGAUCCUGGUCUUCAAGGAGAUGAAGACAAAGGAGGAGAUAAGGAUGCUGGUCUUCAUGGAGAUGAAGACAAAGGAGGAGAUAAUGGUGAUCCUGGUCUUCAAGGAGAUGAAGACAAAGUAGGAGAUAAGGAUGCUGGUCUUCAUGGAGAUGGAGAGGAAGGUGGAAACAAUGAGAAAGAACCGAAGGAAGAUGAUAAUAAGAAGACUGGCAAUGCUGAUGAUGAUUGUGGUCUUCAAGGAGAUAAAGAGGAAGGAGGAAAUAAGGAUUUGGAUGCUGGGGUUCAUACAGAAGGAGAGAAAGGAGGAAGUAAGUUUCUUUUAUGUUAUUCCUAAUUGAAAGAAUUCAAAGACCAAC